UCAUCUUCAUUCCUCCAUCAUCUUCAUUCCUCCAUCAUCUUCUUACCUCCCCCAUCUUCAUCCCUCCAUCAUCUUCAUUCUUCCAUCAUCUUCAGGUUGUGAAGACAUCAUGACGUCCAUGUCCAUGAGAAGUUUCUCCAUCGGCAGACAGCCAUCCUUCUCCAACUUAUCUCUGAGAGACACCGGGCGCGGCCGAACCAAAGCUGCCGUCUCGUUCUCAGCAGCCAAACCCCUCUCCCGCUCCACCUCCAUGAGCAUGGCUGACAUGAACAGCCUCUCCAACCUGUCGCUCAAUGGCCUCGGCAGCAGCACCAACGAUAAGGAAGCCAUGCAGAGCCUCAACAGCCGUCUGGCCAACUACCUGGAGAAAGUGCGCUCUCUGGAGAAGUCCAACGCCGACCUCGAGCUCCGCAUCAAGCAGCUCAUGCUGGAGAGGGUUCCCAAAGGCCAUGACAUAGACGCCAUGUUGGCUCAGGCUCAUGCCCUGGAGCACGAGGUCAGGAAGAGGACUCUGGAAAAUGCUCGCAUCAUGCUGGAGAUUGACAACGCCAAGCUGGCUGCAGAUGACUUCAGAAUCAAAUGGGAAACUGAGAGUGCUAUGUGUCAGUCAGUGGAGAGAGAUUGUGUGGCUCUGAAAAAGGCCAAGACAGACCAUGAUCAGAUUAUCGCCACACUACGAGGGGACCUGGACAGCCUGAAGGAGGAGCUUUACUUCCUGAAGAAGAACCAUGAGGAGGAGAUGGAUAGCCUGCGGGCUCGGAUAGCACAGGAGGACGUCAACGUUGAGGUGGACGCCGCUCGUGGUCCUGAACUCGGCUCGGUGCUGUCUGAACUCCGCUCUCAGUACGAGGGCAUCGUGCAGAAGAACAAGGAACAAGCGGAGGACUGGUACCGCAAAAAGCUGGAGGUGGUGCAGACGGAGGUGAGGGAGAGCAACGAGGCUCUGCGAGGAGCUCAGAGCGAACUCACCGAGAGGCAGCGCUUCCUGCAGACUCUGGAGGUGGAACUGGAGAGCCUCCACAAACAGGUUGCUGCCCUGGAGGGGAACCUGGGUGAAACAGGUCAGAAGUAUGCCCUGGAGAUGGAGCGCCUGCAGGCCACACUGAACCAGCUAGAGGAGGAUCUCUCUCAGCUUCGGCUGGACAUGCAACGCAACAAAACCGACUACGAGCAGCUCCUGCGCAUUAAACAGAACCUGGAGCUGGAGAUCGCCACCUACAGGCGCUUGCUGGAGGGAGAGGAAGCCGUUAAGGAAGUCCUUCCACCUCCUAAGAAAGAGCCUGACGUUCGCACCAGGAAGAUCGUCAAGGUGGUUACUCAAACCAUGAUCAACGGGAAAGUGGUGGAUGAAUCCAGCGAGGUGGAACAAAUCGAAGAGUCCAAGAAGUGAGAAUCCGAGUCCAAAAUAAAGCUCUCAUUGUUCGUUAGGGACCGCAUUAACGACCCCCAACACACACACACACACACACAGACACACAGACACACAGACACCCCACAGGAGGCCCCUGAAGGACUCUCACGUUUCAGUUUCAGACCCAUCAAAGCCUUUCAGACUGAUCAUCUUUCCUGCGUCUUUCUCCAGCUACACAAAGAGGCCACAUUACCAGAGUAAACAGAUAUCUGCUUCUCCAGGUCCGUACACGGGAUAAAGUCCUUCCUUUGUGCUUUAGUGUUUUUAGUGAGAGAUUCUUUUAUCAUUAUUUUUUUCCCCUUUUUCCUGCUUGCUUGCAAUUUGAGCACUUCUUCUAGGAUUAUGAAAGCAGGAUGAAAGUAGUGCUCUGUAAUCUCUAAUCUGUAAACAGUUUCUAGUGUAACGAUUUGGGAAAUAAUAAAAUAGUUCCUUCAGGUCUA